AUGGUUACUACUGACGAUUCUUUCAUCAGCGACGAUGAAGAAGAAUACUGCCCAUUAUGUGUGGAAGAAAUGGACAUAUCCGAUAAGAAUUUCAAACCUUGUCCUUGUGGGUAUCAGAUCUGUCAAUUCUGCUACAACAACAUCCGCCAGAACCCUGAGCUUAAUGGAAGAUGUCCUGGUUGCAGAAGAUUGUACGACGAUGAAAGUGUCGAAUACAAAACAAUCAGCGCAGACGAGUACAGAUUACAGCAAUUGAAGAGGGAUAGGAGAGAGAGGGAGAAGAAACAAAGAGAGAAGGAGAAGAAGGAGACCGAAAUGGCCAACAAGAAACAUUUGGCUGGGUUGAGAGUGGUGCAAAAGAACUUAGUCUACGUCACUGGUCUUAAUCCUCCAUGUAACCCCGACGACCUCCACUCGGUGUUGAGAUCGGAUAAGUACUUUGGACAGUAUGGCAAGAUCCUGAAGAUUGUCAUCAACAAGAAAACCCCAAGUGGUCAAUCAUCCCAUCAUCACCUGAACCCAGGCUUGGUCGUCUAUGUGACCUUCUCUAAGAAGGAAGAUGCCUUGAAGUGCAUCAACGAGUUGGAUGGCACCCUUUGUGAUGGUCGCAUCUUGAGGGCUGCUCACGGUACUACCAAGUACUGUUCGUCAUACUUGAGAGGCCAUCCUUGUCCUAAUCCAAACUGUAUGUUCCUCCACGAACCAGGCGAGGAAGCCGAUUCCUACACUAGAAAGGACUUAUCUACUCAACAGGGUAUUAAGAUGGGCAUGAUGGGAAUGUCUGGCUCCAGAGUAGUCAGUAAUUCUAACAUCCAUGGCUCUUCUCAAUCAUUCAAUGGCCAAUCAUCUACAAAUGGAAAUGCAAACUAUAGUGGAGAUGAAGAUACACUUGAAAUUGAACCAGAACCGAAGGUUGCUAAAACCGUUGUGCAACCAAACGGCGGACCAGUUCUUCCUGCCACUGCACACUGGGCAAAGAGUGAUAGUGUAUCUGCUGGCAGUUCUCCUCAAGUUGGUAACAAUACUCCAUUGGCUAAUUCUGCUGCAUUCCCAACUUUGGGCGAAAUUUUUAACAACCAAAAGCAGCUGCAAAAGAAAGACAACAAGCAAAAGGUUAAAACAGUCAAGUCCACUAAGGAUAAUGUGUUAUUGCCUGAUGACAUCGAUAUCGAUGAUGAUUCUGCAGUGACUUUCAUCGAGCAAACUACAGAACAUUUGAGAAAUCUUACUGAAAAGAAAGAGAAAUUGCGUGUUCACUUCAAGAAUAUGUCCAGUGAUUCCUACAGGCUUCCAUUAUUUGCAUUUAACACUAGUUCAAACUUAGUUAACGAUACAAAGCUUGAUGAUGAAAUUGUCCUUGCUCGCCAAGUAAUUGAAAGAUUCCUUUUGAAGCCAAUCAAAAAUUACCACUUAGCAUAUCAAAAUCAUCCAAUAAGCCAACAGCAAUCCUUAUUACAAGCCCAAUUACAACAGCAACAGCAACAGCGCCAACAAACCCAAGUCAGCCCUAACGCCCAGGCUACUCAGCUUCAACAGUUGCAAUUAGAGCAACAGAAGAAGUUAUUAGAAGCUCAACAAGCACAAAGAGGAGAUGGUGCGUUGGCACAACAACAAGCACAACAGGCACAACAGCAAUUGCUACUUCUCCAAUUACAACAGCAGCAAGCUCAACAGCAGCAAGCACAACAAGCUCAAUCUGGUAGCCAACCAAACCAAGCCCAAAUCAAUCUUUUGAGAAUGAAUGAUCGUGCCAAUACUUCCACUCCACCACCACCAGGUUUAUUUGCCGCAGGCGGUGUACCAAAGUCACAAAUCAGUCCAUCUCAGAUUCACUCCCAACAACAUCCUGGAAAUUACACUGAUCCUCAGCAAGCUCCAGUGGGAUUUGGUGCUGCGGCUAACCAGUCUUCAAGUUCGCAAUUGUUGACCCAAUUGAUGAGCGGCAAGAGAUGA